AGCUGACGUCAUGAACGCGUGUGGUCAGGAUGCGGCUUAGCCGGGCCAUCAAGGUAGUGACAGUGUUGGGCAUCUGCUCAUCCGUGAUCACUAUCUGUCUCUGGUCAUCCUGCAGCGCGCGACAGAGCGAUGGCUUUGACCGUGGGCUUGAGACACUCCGCGGAGAGCGUGGCGCAGAUGAGAAUGACGUCCUCACCUUCCACAACCGAGGCACGAACUCCAUCGCCUCAGACCAACAGCCGCCGCUACAGCCGGGCGACCGGGACCAGGCCCAGGCGGAUCACUGGCAGCAGCAGCAGUUUCAGCAACAGCAGCUUCAGCAGCAGCUGGACUACCAUGAGAUCGACUGCAACAUCAACAACGAGAGAACCAUCAAGUGCAGGAAGGAAGGCCCCGAGGUCUACGUGCCCUUCUCGUUUGUCAAGAAGUACUUUGAGGUGUACGGGGAUGUCGUGAGCACUGACGGAUACGAGCGGUUGGAGUUCCACCACGCCAACUCCAUCGUGCACCCGCCCCGCGCCACCUACACGCCCAGCGCCAUGUUCAUGGCCUUUGACCACUACAACGUGGAGAACAGAGAGAGGGUCAAGUGUAUCACGGCCUCCGAGGACUCCUUGAGCAGCAAAGGCAUCACGCUGCCCGUGGACGAGAAGGCCAACAAGUGCGUGUCCAUGGACGUGAAGUUCUCCACCAACGGCAGCGUCAUCAUCGUGGUGGAGACGGUGAGCAGGGACCGCGUGAGCAUCCACUACGUGUUCACGGGCGCGCACAUCGCCUCCGACGGCAAGUCCAACGUCUUCUAUGGGCUGGGCGAGCGGCACAACGAGUGGAUGCACAUCGCCCGGGACCUCAAGUUCGACGUGCAAAAAGGCUUCAGCCUGAAGGGUGGGAAGCCUGACAAAUCUCACACGGGCAUCGCUCGGAUCGUGGAGAUUCGCCUCCACGGCCACGGCUGGCUGGACAAUUUGACGUUAUCCUCGGCCAUUCAUAUGGAGCAGUUCUACGACGCGGCCAACUGGCUGGUGAAGCACCAGGACGAGCGAGGCGGCUGGCCCAUCAUGGUUGCUCGGCGCGUCGUCCCCGGCGUCCUUGAACUCCCUCCGGGCUGGUACUCCGCUAUGGGUCAAGGUCAAGCUAUGUCUGUGCUGGUGCGCGCGUAUUUAGACUCGAAGGAGAAGCGGUAUCUCCGAUCGGCCGUCGAGGCGCUCAAACUGUUCGAGAUUGACAGCGUCCAGGGCGGGGUGAGGGCUCGAUUUCUGGGCCAGCUGGACUGGUACGAGGAGUACCCGACCACGCCCAGUUCGUUCGUGCUCAACGGGUUCAUCUACUCCCUCAUGGGGCUCUACGAUCUCAAAGAGACGGCCUCGGGCCGGGAUAAAGAGACGGCGGAGAGGAUCUACAGCUCGGGGAUGAAGUCGCUGAAAGUCAUGAUCGGACUGUACGACUCUGGCGUGGGCACGCUGUACGACCUCCGACACAUCACCGCCGGCAUCGAGCCCAACCGCGCGCGCUGGGACUACCACACCACGCACAUUAACCAGGUGCUGCAGCUGAUGGUCAUCGACGACGAUCCCAUCUUCAAGACCACCGUCCAGAGGUGGCUGGGCUAUCUGCAGGGGAGGAAAUCCAGGCAUAACUGAGGGGGGGAUGUUGACGACCCACGGUAGUAGUUGUAAUAGCUGCUGCUGCUUGGUUCUGAUUCCUUCCUGUUGUUGUUGGUGUUGUUGUUGUUGUUGUUGUUGUCAGCGGGUGGGUGGAUCUCGAUGUGGUGUGUGUGUGUGUGUGUGU